UGCUAAGCAACGCUCGAAACGAUCCUACCUGGCCCUACGAAACAUCACUCCUACAGACAUCGCCAGCAUGAAGACUUUAACUAUCCUAAUCGCGGCUAUCUCUGCAGCUACCGUCUCGGUCGCCGCUAAGCGCUGUCCUCCUAGCAACAAAUUCGACUGGGCUCCGAUAUCCUACCUCAACGUUAAUCGUGGAGAUUUCGGCGACGGCGGCGCAUGCAUAAAUGCACAAUAUAACUGGGAUUUUGACUAUCAGCCUGAUUGCAUUGCCGAUAUCUACUUAAGUCAGAAGGGCAUAUGUUGCCUUCCGUGGAAAGGCGGCGAAGAGGUCCAUAAGUAUUACGUGGCCAAUUGCCAGGCCUUGGGAGGGGAUCCUCAUGAUGAAAGUCCCAACGUCUUCCCUUGUUGAGUCUUCCCGGGUCGCAUACUGGAUCGAUGAACGAGGCCUAUGGCGGAAUCCAUGGGCAUUGUUAUGAUCAUCGGUCAAAUC